AUGAAGGAGAGCGAGGCCAAUGACGCAACGACGCCUCCUACGGUUUUGCUGCCACCCGGCGUGUACGCCACAGCCUCAUCUGUGGAUGCUGCAUUGAGCGAGGCCAUUACUCGUGACAGCGCUGCAGAUAAGGGAAAACCCUCAUCUGAAACUGUAAGACCGGAGUCGAUAGAACGUUUUGAUAGACAUCGUCGUUUGCGCCGCGCACUUGCGGCGAAGGAGGCAACUUUGCUGGAAAUCACGCAGCUUAUUAUGCAUGACACCACCCCAGCAAGGGUGUUACACGCUUCCGGGCGACGCGUGGCAACACCCGUCGAGGUUUCUCUACCAUCCACGAUGGCCGCAACCACCACUACCGCGGACAGUAUGGCAGUGAACUUGUCAACAGCAACUCGCCCAACUGAGCUGUGUGUUGCAGAGGCGCACCAGGAUAGAGAUAACACGAGACUGUUAAAAUCCAUAGAGGCGGACCAUGUGAAAGAACGGACGCGAAUUGAAAAACUUGUGUAUGAGCUUCGUCGAGAAUUGGAGGCAACAGGGCAUACGUUGCGCAAACAAACAGCAGCCUUGAAGUCAGUAGGCAUGGGAAUGGCGCGAAUGGGCCCGCAUCGAUUGAUAAAAGCACAGCGUGAAAAGACGACAAUGUCGUCGAUGGCAUCAGAAGCUUCGCUUGAGGAGAAGGUGGGUCAUCGUCGUGAGUUAAAGGCUUUUCGCGAGCGGGUUAAGAGUCUGGAGGAGCUUCUUGCCGCUGCACAAGAUCGCCUUGAGCGUACGGAGAAGCGAUGCGCUGAGCAGCAGGCGACGACGCUACAGUUAAAAAUAGACAAGAUGCAGGGCGAUACAACUCAUGUGGUUGGGGCCGGUGGUAUGUCAUCCGAUAAUAAUUUUUCUGUAAAGCGUGGGACGGCUUUGGCUACAGAACCUGCAGUUCGCAGUCAGAAUGAAGAAACCAAUGACAAAAGUAUUAUAAAUAGAGUUCGUGAUUUAGAAGAAACACACCGUACGGCACGUCGUAUGUGGAGUGUGCAGGAAAGUGAAUAUAGACGCUACAUUAGGGCUCUUGAAGCCACAAUGUCACGGAUGGAACGACAUAUGUCUGCAGAAAAAGCAAGUAAGGCAACACUGUUUAAUUUGACGCUUAGACUUGUCUCUUGUGAGGCAUUAUUUAAUAGGCGCAACAACGGCGCAGGAUCUGUUGAUCCAUUUGUGGUAGUAUACAGUCCCAGUGGCGAAAGGGUCUAUGAGACGCGUCCGCGAGAAGACACAGACUGCCCGGAGUUUAGUGCAGUGGAUGAUAGUGUGACACUGAAGGCGGCGCGUGGCUCCUCAUGGCAUAUUUUGCUUGAAGUUUACUCUCGGGGGAUAAAUAAUGCGCGGCUUUUUUUGGGACAAGCAAAGGUCCCCGUGGGGCAGUUGUUGAAAAACGUUGAAUCGAGUGGUCUAAGGAGGCAUUCUGCAAAACUUAGAAUGCGGGAUCGUGAGACAGACAGUGAGAUAGUGCGGCAUGCCCGUCAUUUGGGUGUGAUUGUCUUUGAUGUGACGGUAGCAGUUGUGGGUUGCAGUGCAGCUUGCGAUCGUCGUUGGCGCAUUCCAUCACGUCUUUGUGCGGGUCGACUGCUUUCCCCUGGGUGCGAUGGAGAAGAGGAGAAAAACGCUGAUGCGGAUGCUACGAAGGCUGGGGGACGUGCUUCACCUCUGACAGGACUUACGCUUCGAAUUUCUGCCGCAAAUGGAAUUCUUCAACGCGGACUGGGGGAUAAUUCACACCCGUACGUGGUGGCGUACGACAGUGGUACGGGCAGGGAGUUGAUGCGCACCCCACCCAUUGCGGGGGCCAGUGCGCUCUCAUGGGAAAGAUGUCCUGAAGCCUCUGUUUUUAUUCCUUCUUUAUCACAUCAGGGAAGCAUUGUUUUUCGUGUCUUUGAUCACGAUAAGGACGGCAGGAAUGAAUUUAUUGGUGAGGCACUUCUUUCAAGGCAUCAAAUAUCCACGGGGAAGGAGUGGCAUGAACUGAGGCUGUUUCCCCAUGAAGAUGAACCACUAACAUACAUACGAGAGUACCACGGUCGACUCGGGAAGUUACUGGUACAUUGUACGCGAGAAAGAGAGCCUGACGGUGUGAGAUGUACCGAGAAAGAGGAGGGUCAUCUGCAUCGGCCGCAUGCCUUAACAAGAUCGUCAAGGAUUCUUUGCGAUGAACCCGUCGCUGAUGAUGUGAAUAUUUUGCUUCAAUCUGUCACUGUUCAAAUUUAUGUGGAGGGUUGUCGGGGCCUUUUGGAUCGAUCAGGAAGUGGGGGUAUCUUUGUGCGUAUGGUGGCGCCCAACUCUACUGUGUACACUACCACCGUUGUGCCCUGCGCCUUGGACCCCUCCUGGAUGAAGGAAGAUGGGUGUGCCACAAUGACGUUGCACCCACUAGAUUCUGGUGUCAUUGGUUUCUACGUAGUGAUGUGUGGGUGGCAGCUAGGAAGGAAGGAGGAGACUCUGGGUUACGCCCAACUGGCUGUUGAAGAUCUUUUUAGGCGAGGGUUGGGAAAGAAGGAGCUGCAGUUGGAAGCACAACCUCACGAAUCUGAUACACAGCUUCGACAGUGCCCCACGACAGCCCUAGGAAGUAUAUUGGUGUCUUUUGCCCUUGCUGAGGUGAGCCCUGUGAACACACAUGUUGGGGAGGAAGAGCCAGCUGCGGAACAAGCCUCAGCAAUCGUUGCGGCCGAGGCACUCAAUCAGGCAUCUGUCUCUCCUUUUUCUGCUUCAUCACCGACUCGGAAGCGAACGGAGGAGGUGGAGGCCCCAAUAUCGGUGUCUCUACGCAUAUUUGUUAAAGAGGGUCAUGAUCUUUUGGACUGUGAUCAGACAAUGUUCAAUACAAUGGGCGUGACGGAUCCGCGGGUUCUUGUGUGGGUUGGUCCCGACCUUGCUUUUACGGUUCCUGAAAAACGCGAUACAGUCAACCCCGUGUGGACUCAGGAAGAGGCUGAGUUUUUGCUCCGCGUGCAGUCGACACAGAUCAUUCGGUUUGAGGUACAAGAUGUGGACGUGGCUGGGUUUGACUCCAUGGGAUGUGCCACCAUUCACGCCUCCGAGGUCAUUGCCUCGCCCGGAGUACACAGCUUGCCGGUGAUGCUAGACGGAACGCAGUAUGGUACACUGGUUGUCUCGUUUGCAAUUGAUAGAAACAAUCAGUCUAGCAGCUGA